CGGUUUACAGCCGCGGAAAAUAAACUCGGACCAGAUCGGGGCGGGGAAUGGGGGCUGGGCGGCCAAAUUCAGUCCCGGGAAUCAAAGCGGCUGCUUUAAUAGAGGUGGGGGCUGCAUAACAACAGCUCCAGGCAAAGCUUCGGGCUAAGCUGAAGGAUGAGGAAGCAGAAAAGAAACUAAAGACAGAGGGACAGGAUGCCUGGGGACGACAGGGACCCAGUGAAAAUGCAGGCAAUACCGAGGGCUGUAGCCCUAACACGAGCAAAUUUGGAGGGGCUAACGUGGGCGGAAACCGUCCGUACCAGGUACCACCACUGUCCCCAGUUGUCCCAGAACCAGACUCUUCCUGCCGUUAAAAUGGCGGCGGCGACUGCAGCUGUGGUAGCGCCUACGCUGGCGGUGACCAGGCAGAAGAAGUUGCUUCUGAGCGCGUCGAUGCGAAGGAUAGCCGAACCGAUGAUGCGCACGCGCAAAGUAGGCCUACGUGGACCCGACCUGUCACUGGGGCACCUGAUGGAAUAAAUUGUUGUGAGAGGGAGUAUUGAGAAAUACUUCUCCCCUGGACCUUGUUCCCAGGCUCCGUCUGAAGCUGAACACUCUGCAUGAUCUCCCUGCCACCGCAGCAAGCUAUGAAGUUCAUUACACAUGCAGGUAGCAGACAGUACAGCUCUGCUUCCCUUUCUGAGCACCUAGGGUAGCCUGCAAUUAUUCAGUGUGCCAGCCUGUUUCCAAGCCUACAAUGUAUAGUCCCUCUAGUACAUACUCAUUUUUUUUUCUCAGAGAGCCAAGUAGAGACAUAGGCAGUUUUCUUCUCAAAAUGUGCCAGAAAUUCCAAAACAAUCUCAAGGCAUUAAAGGCUAUGUGCAGAA